AUGUACAUAGCAAAUUUCCCUCACCCUCUCGCGGGGAAGUACUACUUAGUUGAUGCCGGAUAUCCAAAUCAGAGGGGAUACCUUGCACCCUAUAAAGGGCAGAGAUACCACCUAGAGGUAUUUCGCAAUGGCUCACAAGCAUCGGGCCCCCGAGAAGCAUUCAACCAUGCGCAUUCUUCCCUACGAAGUGUGAUUGAGCGUACAUUUGGUGUAUUAAAGAAUAAAUGGUUGAUCCUAACUCGGAUGCCAUCAUAUAAAUUUGCCACUCAGAUAAAGAUUGUUGUUGCAUGCAUGGCAUUGCACAACUUUAUUCAAAUGAACGUAAUUGAAGAUGAAGAUUUCCUCGCAUAUGGUAAUGAAUCGGUGGUCAUUGCAAAUGACGACGACUUUGGUACUAUGGUGGAAAAUAGGGAUCCCUUACAGUUAAAUAAAGAUUUAGAGAUAAUCACUUUACGCGAUAUCAUUGCAGCCGAGUUAUAUGAUUUGUAG